AUUUUUCCUGUCUGCGCUGUCUAGCGAGGCAGCCAGCAACAACAGCUGCCGCAGUGCUCAGAACUCGUGCGAGCCUGCCAAGGAUUAACUGAUUGGUGACAAUGCAGUCUAUAGACCAGCCUGCCAAGGGCAAGGAGAAAAAACGCGCUUUGACUUCCAGCACCCCAUCCGAAGGUUCAGGGAAUAGAAUGAUAUUCACAGGUAACUGCCGCCGUUCCAUAGCCGCUUAAAUGGCUGGCUGCCAAAUGAAGCUGAAGCAAUAGCAUUCAUCAUAUCGAUGGAGCAGCGUGAGAAGUGACACUCAGCUGCUGCAUCAUACGCAGCAUUGCAUAUCGUCGCUCUGUAUCGUGUUCUAUAAAUAGAGAUUCGCUGUUCUGUGCUGCUAAAGGAGCAUGGAAGGACAAAAAUGAACGAACCUGAUCAUGUAGCAGAGAAGUUUACAUUUAUAUGACUUCUGAUCUGAGUGGAACCAUCUGACUGAUGACAUGCUGGGGAAUCUAAAGUGUGGCCUUGUUGGUUCUCCUGGGCUUCUCAGCAGCUUUCAAUACCAUGCGUGUCUUUCUGGGUCAUCUCACUGGGACAGGACUUGGAGGCAUGGUUUUGCAAUGGUCACAGUCCUUUCUGGGGGAGGAUAGGUCCACAAGGUGGUGGGAAGCCACAAUGUUCCAUUUUGUCCCUGUCCCAUCAUGUCCCCUACUCCCCACAUUCAAACAUCUACAUUAAACCAAGUUGUCUGGAGGCAGUUUGGGGUUGGAUAAGAGCAAAGCACAGACACACCCUGGAGCUAAAUCCUGAUAAGACAUAAGUCCUGUUGGUUGGGAUAUAUGCUGAUCUGGCAGAGAUGGACAAAAUGAAUCUAGGCAGGUUUGCCAUCCUGAAGAGAGUGAGGCAUAUAGCCUGGGCUUUCUUCUGGAUUUACUGCUACCAAUGCAAAAUGGCAUUGGUGGCCAGGAGUGGGUUUCUUUUCCUUCAUUGGUUGACUCACCAGCUGCAGUCCUAUCUAGAGGAAGAAGAACUUGCCUCAGAACCACAUGCUCCUUUUAAAUCCAGGCUAGAUUUGUAUAGCAUGCUCUACUUCUGGCUUCUAAUCAAAGGGAAUUAUUUUACCAGAGCUCCAAUCAUAGUGGUUUGGGGAGUGCUGUUGAAGUAAUAUACGUCCUUGUUCUUGCCUGUACUGUGAUUUUUGCUACUUCUAGUGGUACAUGUUUGGGAAAUGUUGGACAUUCAAAUACUACUCCCCAUGUGUCACAUGCUCACACACUAUCCAUGUCUGUCAAAUCAGUUUUGCACUUAGUUUCUCUAACUUUUGGUUCCAGUUGAACAGAACUCAGGCCCAAAGCUACUUUUUUCAUUCAUCAUAACUCCUAAGCCCCUGCUCUCAUCUUCCUGAAAUUCUGCAGGUUACUUUCCCAGGGGAACCUUUACAAUAUAUGCCAUGUUCGUACUAAAACAAUUGACCACAAAACCACAAUAAACAAAGUGAUUCCUUUUAACUUCCUUCCUCCCCAAAAUAAACUUUAGUAGUGCAGAAAUCUCUCUGAACAUAUUAGUCUAAAAUUUGGCAGGCUUUAAUUUUUCAGGAGGGGUUACUAUUUUUGCAAAUUCCAUCCACUUCUGCCAAAAAGGAAACAAAAUUCUGGAGUGAUAUCCUCCUGAAGGAAGAAAGGAGAGGAUGCUCUCUACAUGAUUAGAGGUACCUUUAAAAUAUUACAUUAUGCAUUUAUUUUUUAAGGAGCCAUGCAUUUAUUUCAAAAAAACAUUUCUUCUUUCUCUGUCAGGGGUUUCCCAUUCACUUCAGUGCAAGGGAUAUUCCUUCUUUCAGAUAGUUAUAUUUGUUUCCAUUUCCAAAUGAAUUUUAAACAAACAAAAAAUCUUAGUGAUUUUAAGGGACAACCUGCUGGUUCUCUCUACUGCUUCCUUUUCAUCUCACCACCUGUUCUCCAUCUUCUUUAUUUUCUCUUACAUUUUGAAGUGAGUUAACUUUCUGUAAAGUAUGCUGGGUAAGAUUUAGGGUUGCUGGGGCUGAAUCCAGUGGGACUCUUUCUUGUGCUGGAAAGCAUAAGAUUGUGUUGCAUCUCCAAGGGGCUGAGAACUGAUUGAAGCAGUAGCCUCUUUUUUCUAUAAGGGAAAGUGACAAUUUCCCCUUUUAGCUUUCUGUUCUCUAAUUCAUAUGCAUUCUCAGGGAACUCCUCUUUGCUUCUACAUUUUGCAGAAGAUCCUCCUUCCUUCUUUUUAAGGGGUCAAGUUUUUCCUUACUUGCCUCACACUUUGCUAGACAACUCUGGUGGCCCUCACAGCUUAUAAUAUUGAUGGGAUACUUGUGGUCCUUCAGAUGUUUCUGGACUACAACUCGCAUUGUCUCUGACAAGUGGCCAUGCUGGCAGGGAUUGGGGGUGUUUGAGUCCAACAAAAUCCAGAAGGUCACUGGUUCCUCAACCCAAGCCUUCCCCCUACCACAUCAGGACCUCUAAGACCCCUCUGUUAGUGUGGUGUGAACUUGGGUGUGUAGUCUACAAUGGCAGGGUAAAGGAGCUCUUGCUUUUGGUUCUCAUUUUUAUUACCCCACAGAUUUGGAAAGAGUAAAGAGAACACUUCACCAUGCUCCUCUGACAUCUAUGUGUUUUAGCAGAUAUCAGAAGGAAUCGUACCCAGAUGUAGAUGGGUAGAAUUCAUCCACACAAGGUGUGGAGCCCUAGAUGGUAGCCAACAAAUUAUAAGAUGAUGCAAGAGAAACAUUUAAAGCAUAACAGUCUUCUGCAUGUUUAAAGGUAAAGGUAAUGUAUGUUUCUGCAUGUUUACUUGGAAGUAAAUCCCAUGCCACUUCCUCACAGGUGAGUGUGCAUAGGACUGUAACCUUAAAUAGGGUAAGACAAAGAAGCCAGGUUACAGAUUUGGGUUAAGUUUACCAUGAGAGAGACUACACUUAAACAGGGUGGGGAAGAGAGAAAAAGAAGGAAAGAGCACACAUACUAUAGUUCUUAUUUUAUCAUUUUUGUUGGUUUUGAAUCUAUAUAUCACACACUCAACUCAGAAGGUCUCUCAGUGUCUUAGGAACUCAGUGCCUAUAGGUAUUGUUAAUAGACUAUUAAUUCACAGAGAGCAUACAUAUGGCUGGAAUAAAGAGCCUCAAAUCCUACACGGGUGCGCUUCUUAACAUUCAACAAAGGGAUUCCCAUUUAAUGCAUUUUGCAAUCAUACAUAGUAUGAAAGAUCCCAUUCCCCAAAGAAAACCUUCUCAUUCUUCUGAACAUAAUCUUAGAAAGUAACAGUAGCCUGUCAUCAUCAUAAUCCUUAACACAAUAAAGGCAGGCUACUUUUGCUUACUAUAGGCAGUGGCAUGGUACUACUAUAAAUAUUUGUCAAAUCAAUCUCAAACACACAAUUUCAGCCUGAUUGGAGAGGAGUUCAAGCUUUAUUUUGAAAGAGUUGAACACAAUUUAAUCACUCCUCUACUCUAGCUAAACAUUCAGGACACUGAAGUGCCAAAGAAAUGAGUAACAGAAUUUACUUCAUAACUCACUGCAUGUUUUUGUAAUUAUGUCAUACUUCAUUUUUUUCUUUCAAACAGGGCUGCACAAGGAUUACUUUAACAUAAAGGGCUAUAGGCACCAUGCAUUGAGUCGAGUUUAGUACAAUAGGACCAUCCAUGCAAACGUUUAUCCCAUGCAGAAAUGAAAAUGAGGAGGUGGAGGAACCAAUAGCACAGCCAAUGGUCUAUUCCCAGUCUCCAUGCAUUAAGGCAUUGUAGGCACAGGAGCCUAUGCAUGAAGCAUACCUUCAUGAUACAGGGACGCUGUGCACAUUUGGGGGCAAGCACAGAGAAUCUGGAAAGCUGUCCAGCAUUUACUUCUAUAUGGCAUUGCUGGCAUCCUUCCCUUCUCCACCCUAUCGUGCUGCUAUUGCUCAUAGCUUUCCAAGGUCUAUAUAGGGGAUGGCACAAGCACAUUCAAAGAGGUAGAAGGUCUGCACUGGAAUAAAUGCAGAAUCAAAAGGAUUUGGUUCUUGCAGGGCAGCAGCUGAAGAAGGAGCAAAAAGGGUUUUCUUGUGUGUGUGUGUGUGUUUCUUAGUGGCUGAUUAGCUGCUCUCCCUGUGCAAAGGUCAGAGGGGGCAGGGUUUCUGUUGAGGCAGGUGAUUAGCUGUGGGAGGAGCUUAUCAGAACUUGCAGGGCAGCGCCGCGCGCCGCUAGGCGCACGCAGUUUGAUCCAUCUUUUAGAUUUAGGGGAGCUAGUCUCAAAUGUUUGUUGGGGGAGACCUAGGUUUUUUUGGGGGGGAGUUAUUUGUCCUGUUUUCACGCUUUUUAUGAUGGAGGACCGCUGUAGCCACCCCCAACGACACGUUCUCAAGAUGGAGGGUGAGGGAAAGCUGCAGUCGCCUGCGGUUCCUGCGCAAUGUUUGCCAUCUUGCCAAAGGUUGCAGGCAGCUUUACCUGCAGCAAUUGCAUGUUGAUUGCCCUCUUAGAAGACAAAGUCCAGCAACUGGAGGAACGUGUAGCUACGCUCCAAAGAAUUAGAGAGCUGGAGCUCUUCUUGGAAGCAACAGAGCACACCGUCUCCACCAAGGAGGAGACAGGGGAGGCUAGUUCACCAACACAGGAGCCAGAUAUAUGGAGAAACGUGACUCAAAGAAGUAGGAGGCCCAGGGUUCGCUCUGAUUGUUUAGAAUACACAAUCGCUUUGAGGUCCUCUCCCCUAGCAUGGAAGACGAAGAGCAGACUCCAUUUGAGGAUCUCUCCCUCAUUACAGUCGAUCAGGUAUAUGAAGACGAGCAGCAAAGUCAGUCCUCAGGGAAUGUGCAGGCGACCUUGGAAGGGACAGCUCACGGAAGAACCCCGACCAAACCUAAGAGGAGGCGUGUAGUGGUGAUAGGGGAUUCCCUACUGAGGAGAACAGAAGCAGUGAUCUGUGGGCCUGACAAGAUGUCUCGGGAAGUGUGCUGUCUCCCCGGGGCUAAGAUCCAAGAUGUAACUGAACGACUGCAAGGAAUCCUAAAACCCACUGACAAAUACCCCUUCCUCUUGGUUCAUGUGGGAACCAAUGACACUGCAAGCAAUAGCCUCCAGAAGAUCAAAAGAGACUACGAGGCUCUGGGCAGGAAAUUGAAGCAAUUAAAUGCACAAAUUGUCAUCUCAUCUGUCCUCCCAGUUGAAUGACGUGGCCCAGGGAGAGAGAGAAAAAUAGUGGAAGUGAACAGCUGGCUUCGCAAAUGGUGUAAACAGGAACAGUCUGGAUUCUUAGAUCACGGACUGCAGUUUCUUGAAGAUGGACUUCUGGCAAGCGAUGGGCUGCACCUCACAACGGUUGGGAGAAAUGCUUUUGCCAAAAAUCUCAGAAACCUCAUCAGGAGGGCUUUAAACUGACUAAUGUGGGGGAGGGGACAGUGCUCCUGAAGGUAGGAGUCUAUCAAUUGAUGAAGAUGAUCAUCCAAAUGUCAUAGACCAAAUGGAGCAAACAGCACGCAGACCUAGUGGUGGGAGGAAAAAAUCCUUAAAUAAGAGACACGGGGAAUGAUUAAUGGACUUCAAUGUCUGUACACUAAUGCGCAAAGCAUGGGAAAUAAACAAGAUGAGCUUGAGCUCUUGGUACAGCAAACUAAAUAUGACAUAAUAGGCAUCACUGAAACCUGGUGGGAUAAGUCCCACCAUUGGAAUGUAAUAAUGGGGGGAUACAAUCUAUUUCAGAGAAACAGACCAGACAAGAAAGGAGGAGGAGUUGCGUUAUAUGUCAGGGAUGUGUAUACCUGGGAAGAGAUCCAAGAUUUAGAACCUCAAAGCCAAAGUGAGAGCAUUUGGGUCAAAAUUAAGGGAGAGAAGAAUAACAGUGACCUCAUUGUGGGAGUUUACUAUAGAUCCCCAAGCCAAACGGAGGACAUAGAUGAUGCCUUCCUGGAACAGAUGGCCAAGCAUGCAAAAGGAGGGAGAUAGUAGUAAUGGGGGACUUCAAUUACCCGGAUAUUUGUUGGAUGUCAAACUCAGCCAAGAGCAUAAGGUCAAACAGAUUCCUCACUGGCCUUGCAGACAACUUCAUUGUCCAGAAAGUGGGAGAAGCAACAAGAGGAACAGCCAUUUUAGAUCUGGUCCUAACCAAUGUUGAUGACCUGGUUAGUGGGGUGGAAGUGGAAGGAUCAUUAGGCGCGAGUGAUCAUGCUCUUCUGAAGUUUACUAUACAGCGGAAAGGAGCAGCUAAGUAUACUAGGACUCAAUUUCUUGACUUUAAGAAAGCCGACUUCAUAAAACUUAGGGAAGUGCUGGGUGAGAUCCCAUGGACAGUAAUACUAAAAGGAAAGGGAGUUCAUGAUGGCUGGGAGUUUGUUAAGAGGGAGAUAGUAAAAGCACAACUUCAGGCAAUACCAAUGAGACGGAAACAUGGAAGGUGCCUAAAGAAGCCAGGGUGGCUAUCUAAAGAACUUUUAACUGAGUUAAGAUUAAAAAGGAUGUGUACAAAAAUGGAAAAGGGGGAAACCACCAAAGAGGAAUUCAAACAAAUAGCCAGCACGUGUAGACACAAAAUCAGAAAAGCUAAAGCACAGAAGGAACUCAGGCUUGCUAGAGAGGUUAAAAGCAACAAAAAAGGCUUUUAUGGGUAUGUUCGUAGCAAAAGGAAGAACAAAGAAACAGUGGGGUCACUCAGAGGAGAAGAUGGUGAAAUGCAAACAGGGGACACAGAAAGGGCUGAACUCCUCAAUGCCUUCUUUGCCUCAGUCUUCUCCGAUAAAGAAAACAGUGCCCGACCUGAAGAAUUUGGAGCAAAUGAUUCAGCAGAGAAUCAGCAGAGGAAACACAGCCCAGAAUAACUAAGGAGAUAGUACAAGAAUACUUGGCUAGUUUAGAUGUAUUCAAGUCUCCAGGGCCAGAUGAACUGCAUCCAAGAGUAUUAAAAGAACUGGCAGAUGUGAUCUCAGAACCACUGGCAGUCAUCUUUGAGAAUUCCUGGAGAACAGGCGAAGUCCCGGCAGACUGGAGGAGGGCAAAUGUUGUCCCUAUUUUCAAAAAGGGGAAUAGAGAGGACCCAAAUAAUUACCGCCCAGUCAGUCUGACAUCAAUACCAGGGAAGAUUCUGGAGCAGAUCAUUAAGCAAACAGUCUGUGAGCACCUAGAAAGGAAUGCUGUGAUCACCAAUAGUCAGCAUGGAUUUCUGAAAAAUAAGUCAUGUCAGACUAAUCUCGUUUUUUGACAGAAUUACAAGCCUGGUAGAUGAAGGGAACGCAGUGGAUGUAGCCUACCUUGAUUUCAGCAAGGCAUUUGACAAGGUGCCCCAUGAUAUUCUUGUAAAGAAGCUGGUAAAAUGCGGUCUUGACUAUGCUACCACUCAGUGGAUUUGUAACUGGCUGACUGACCGAACCCAAAGGGUGCUCAUCAAUGGUUCCUCUUCAUCCUGGAGAAGAGUGACUAGUGGGGUGCCACAGGGUUCUGUCUUGGGCCCGGUCUUAUUCAACAUCUUUAUCAACGACUUGGAUGAUGGACUCAAGGGCAUCCUGAUCAAAUCUGCAGAUGACACCAAACUGGGAGGGGUGGCUAACACCCCAGAGGACAGGAUCACACUUCAAAACGGCCUUGACAGAUUAGAGAACUGGGCAAAAACAAAUAAGAUGAAUUUUAACAGGGAGAAAUGUAAAGUAUUGCACUUGGGCAAAAAAAUUAGAGGCAGUACAUGUGAAAAGGAUCUAGGAGUCUUGGUUGACCACAAACUUGACAUGAGCCAACGCGGCAGCUAAAAAAGCCAAUGCAAUUCUGGGCUGCAUCAAUAGGAGUAUAGCAUCUAGAUCAAGGGAAGUAAUAGUGCCACUGUAUUCUGCUCUGGUCAGACCUCACCUGGAGUACUGUGUCCAGUUCUGGGCACCACAGUUCAAGAAGGACACUGACAAACUGGAACGUGUCCAGAGGAGGGCAACCAAAAUGGUCAAAGGCCUGGAAACGAUGCCUUAUGAGGAACGGCUAAGGGAGCUGGGCAUGUUAGCCUGGAGAAGAGGAGGUUAAGGGGUGAUAUGAUAGCCAUGUUCAAAUAUAUAAAAGGAUGUCACAUAGAGGAGGGAGAAAGGUUGUUUUCUGCUGCUCCAGAGAAGCGGACAUGGAGCAAUGGAUCCAAACUACAAGAAAGAAGAUUCCACCUAAACAUUAGGAAGAACUUCCUGACAGUAAGAGCUGUUCGACAGUGGAAUUUGCUGCCAAGGAGUGUGGUGGAGUCUCCUUCUUUGGAGGUCUUUAAGCAGAGGCUUGACAACCAUAUGUCAGGAGUGCUCUGAUGGUGUUUCCUGCUUGGCAGGGGGUUGGACUCGAUGGCCCUUGUGGUCUCUUCCAACUCUAUGAUUCUAUGAUUCUACGAUUUGAGUUAGCAGUCAAAAAAGAAAACAAUUCGCAACCGCUUUUAAAUACUGAAAUGCGUUUAGAGUCAGGAUGGGAGUAGCAAAUCUAAGAUUAGGUACCCCAUCUUUGCCUUUGUAUAACCAUAUUUUAAAAUGCUUUCUAUUCUCAAGGCCCAGAUGGUUUGCGUAAUCACAGAUCAAGGCUUCCAGAAACUACGCUUUAUAUAGGAGGAGCAACUGCGCCAGUAGAGGGCACUAGUGAAGCUGCUUACCUGUGGAGACCUGCACCAAGGAAUCCUCCUCCAUGGUACCACAGGUGCUGCUAUGUAGGAGAAAUUGGCUGGGGAGUUGGAGAGUUUCAUUCUCUCGCCCAGAAAAACGGCCAGCAGUUAAUGGUAACUAAACUCUUUAUUAUUUCAGAAUGCCCUCUUAUGCUGGAGUAGCUGAGGGAUAGCUGGGACAGUGCCCUCCAGAUGUUUUGGACGGCAGCUUCCAUUAUCUCUGAUCAGUGGCAAUGCUGCUGAUGGGAGUUUCAGUCCACAACUGCAAGGCACCUCAUUGGCUACUCCUGGAGCAGCGUCUAGAGACUUAUGCUGCAUAAUUGUAGUGCUUUAGCUAAACAGGUUUCCUUAUGACUAAACAACACGGUGAUGUUUCUACACAAAAAGACCACGCACAAUCAUUACUAUGAUGGGCAAAAUAAAUCAGCCUGAUGUGACAGUUCAUCAGUAUUGCUAAAGCUUGUGUGUAAAGUAUAUCAUCCACCCAGCCUCACCCAGCAUUAGUUCAGUGGAAGAUGCUGCCGUGUAACAUUAAGCAUGAUGUCAGGAUAUUGUGGGGUGGGAGCCCCCCUCCCAGUCACCCAUAGACCAAGUUUAACCAGUAGGCAGGGCUGCCUUCCUGUCAGCCACCUGGUGUCACAUUGACACCAGGCUACCAAUUUUCCUAUGUCGAAAUCAAAUUGUGCCAGCAAAAGCAUAACACUUUGCAAGCACUGACGACCACCAAGGUAUCCUGAAUCCCUGGCCUACCUGGCAGCAAGUCAGUAUAUCAAGUCCCAAAUCCGGGAUCAAUCCAUGUGUCCAAAGUCCCAUAGAGAUCCUGGAGUAUUGAAGCUAACAACCAACAACAUGGGCAGGUGCAACACUUCAGCUCUGCUUCCCCCUUUUGUACUUUGCAUGCUGAUUACAUCAUCUGGGCUUGCUGAGGCAUGUGACCCCCACCUGUUCCUAGCCUACUCCAGCUGAGGCCUCACAGACCUCCUCCCAGAGCUAGCAAGCCUUACCUGGCCAGUUAGUAAGCUAAGCUGUGGGCCCUUGCCUGCCUCAGACUUCCUGCCUGCUGCUCCUCCCUACGCCUCAGAGUCUGUUCAUGGAGAGUGAACAUAUGUUCUGGCUCUGGUGAUGAGUCCUGCUGCUCUGGUUCCUGUGCAAUGACCCCCAACCUCUUGCCAUCCUCCGUCACCCUGUGAGUAUUUCCUUCGCCAUCCUCUGCUUGCUCUGGUGUGUCCCAGUCCUGGCUACACCCCUCGCCGGGAUCCUCUUCCUCCUCCCCGUUGUCCUGCCAGUUCAUGACACAAGGCUGCUUGCAAAGAUGCAGGGCUUUGCUGGCACUGUGGAUCUGCCUGCCAAACCCACUUUUGGCCCAACCACAUCUUUACCUCCCCAUUAUCUGACAUCAUAUAUGGCAUUGGGUAUAUGGCAGGAUUGCCUGGUUUUCCUGAAAUGGCCUCGCAAACCAAAUCGGAAGGUCAGGCAGGUCAAGUUAUGGCUGUGGACUGGAGGUUCCCCUUUGCCAGGAUAUACAACAGGGAGCAAACACUUUUUAAAAUGUAGGCUGCAAUCAUACAACCAUUUACCUGGGAGCAACUCAAUGAGGCUUACUUCCAAGUAGACAUGUAUAUUGCACAGUCAGCCCAUAUCAGCUGAAAGUAUAGUUGAAAUGCAUAAAUUUAAAAUUAGGCAGAAUUUCAGAAUUCCAAUUCACUAUGGUGGAUUUCAACCCUUUUCAAAUUCUAGUUUUGCUUUCUUUCUUUCUUUUUAAUGAAUAAGAACAAUGAAAAAUAAUAAAACCCUCAGAAUUAGGAAAAUAUCAUUUGAAGUUUGCAAGAAACUUCUGGAAGAAAUAGCAUUGAAAAUGUUUCUAUGCCAAAUGCUGUCCUAUCUUGAAGGCUUUUUAGGGUUUAUUCCCUCAGCCUAAUGCUGCUACAGCAUAAUUACUGCAGGAUGGCAAGAAAACUUGGCAUAGCCAUCACCGAAUGUGUUAGGACAUUGCAAAAAAAAAAUGGAAUGGGUAGGGUAGGUGGAUUCUGUUACUGAAAAAGCAAUCUGAUACAUGCUUGUUAAUCUAGAUAAUAUCUAGAAAUUGUCUAGCAGACAUGUACUAUUCCCAACAAUUUCCACUGUAUUGAGUGGUACUGGACACAAUCCUCAAAAAAAAUGAUAAGCUUAGAAGCAUGCCCUUAAGAUACAAUGGCUACUCUGCGAUAAUUCCAAUAAGAGAAUUAAUUUCAUGGGCGACUGUCUCUAACAUAGGAAGCUGCCUUAACUCCAAAUCAGAUAGAUAGAUAGAAAGAUAGAUGAUAGAUAGAUGUCCUGCUAUCUUUUCAACCAAAUUCUUCUUCCAGUUUUGAAGCUGCUAGCAGAAAAAAUUAAAGAAAUGCCUAAGAGAUGAUAACUGUAUUUAUGGACUUAAAAUUGAUGAGAAUUUGAUGGCAUCAGCAUGGUUUUAAAAGAGAGAGAGAUUGUGAAUUAAAAUGUAGAUUGUUUUUAUUCAAUGAUCCAUAUUUUGUCAUAAUUCUUGCAUAGCUCUGCAAUGCCCUGUUCCUCAUAACUCAAGAUAAAAAAACCAUUGAUCACUUCUAUGUAAAUUUCACAUGGGUCAACAUUGUUAAAGAAGGAUGCAGCUUAGAGACUGGGAACCUGUGGUUCAGCAGAUGUGGCUGUACUCCAAAACCAGUCAAUCCCAGACAACAUGGCCACUAGGGAUGAUGGGUGUCCAACAGCCUAUGGAGGACCAUAAGUUCCCCACUCCUGGUUUAAGCACAACAGCCAAAGCCAUGACACAAAACCAAUAUCAGAAAUGGCAGGAUAGGAGGUGUAUAACCCUCCCAAUAUUACCGAACUACAAAUCCCAUCAUCCCUAGCAUGCUUGCUGAGGCUAGUGGGGUUUGGAGUUCCACAACAUCUGGAGGGCCACAGGUUCCUGGUCUAUAACCCUACAAAAAGGGCAGGGUUUAUGGCCCUUUCUCUCAUACCCUGGGAAUCCUGUGUACCACAGGUGCCCAUGGCAUACUCUGCAACUAGAAUCUUUAUAUUGAUCCCCAAUUAACCAUGGGUCCCUGUGAUAUGUACACAAUAUAUGUACUCAGGCAGAUUUGUUUCAAUCUUGAUUGCUAUGUAACGAAUCUGCAAAUAUCAGAAUAUUGAAAGUGCCCCCCUCCCAUAGCCACUCUACUAAGUGGCUUAGUAGAGUGUAAACAUGCAUUGUAAGCAUAAUACUUUGUUUCUUUUUGACAGCAUGAACGAUUUCCUCCAGCUGAAGAGUUUGAAAUAGUGGCUCGAUACAGAAAUCCCAGGUAGGGUUAUUUGAAGGCUGCUAUGGGGUUUUGUUUUUUAUUUUUAAAUUGCUCUAUAAAAAUUUCUUUUUACUCUCCUGUACGGACUAACCUACUGUAGAAGUGAUGGGCAAGAUAUAAGUAGUACUGUCCAUAUUAUCCACUUUGAAUGGAAUAGCUUUAAUAAUUACAUCUUGUUAUGACUCAAUGAUGCUAAGUGGCCUUCCAAUAUGAUGACAAUAUCUGCAAGUAGGAAGGGCUUUACAAUUAAUGUUAUGCUGAGCAGCUUAAAUUACAGUUGGCUAGAAAGAAUUCAGCAAAUGCUGCCCACAUGAAACACUCUGUGUAUAUUAACCAGAUGAGAACAGAGAUACUUGCCUUCUCGGUUUUCCAGUUUGGCUGCCCACUGUCAAGGCUUAAAUAUGUUCAUGUGCUCAGCUGUGUUGCAGGGGAGAGGAAGGAGACAGAUGCCAAGUGCCAUUUAUUUUGGUGCCAAAACAAGGCCAAGAUCAUCACCAGCAACCAUAGUCCUUUCCUAUGGAGAAAUUAAAUAUUGCUCAGAGCUCCAUCUCAAAUCACCUGGGGGAAAAAUGAAUCCUUUUCUCAUAAAACCAAGUAGUCAACACUCUGAUCUGGUGCCUCCACCCCUCUUUCCCAACUCAUUUGAAGUUAAGCAAUUACCUGACUCCCCUAAACUCCAAAGGACAUGUAUAGGUUCCAUACUUGUUUAUGCUUUAAUUCCUCCUGGAGUAGCAGUCAAUCAUAAACACACACAUACACAUAACCAAAUACAUUUUCAUAUCUGAAGCAGGAUGGCAAAUAUAUUAAUAUUAUUCACAAUGAGACUAUGCACCAGCUCUGGCUGCAAUACAGUGGUGCCCCGCAAGACGAAUGCCUCGCAAGACGGAAAACUCGCUAGACGAAAGGGUUUUCCGUUUUUUGAGCUGCUUCGCAAGACGAAUUUCCCUAUGGGCUUGCUUCGCAAGAAGAAAACGUCUUGCAAGUUUGUUUCCUUUUUCUUAACACCGUUAAUACAGUUGCGACUUGACUUCGAGGAGCAACUCAUAGAACGCAGUGUACAUAGUAGCCUUUUUUGAGGUUUUUAAAGACUUUGGUGAUUUUUGAAGCUUUUCCAAAACUUCUUUGCAGCCAUUUGGUAAGUUAAGCUUUUAAAACUACUUUGGGGGGUUUGGGAUUUUGGGUUGGGGUGUUUGGAAUUCAAGGACUUGGUGUUGGGGAGGGGUUUGCAAGAAUCUGGAAGCUUGUGUGUUUUUUUCUGCAUUUUUAUGAUUUUCUGUGACCAUUGGGCAACUCUGCUGUUUUUUAAAAAAUUCUGGAUUUGAAUUUCUGUGUGGUGGGUGGCUGGGAGAACAGUUGGGGAGGGGUUUGCAAGAAUCUGGAAGCUUGUGGUUUUUUUCUGCAUUUUUAUGAUUUUCUGUGACCAUUGGGCAACUCUGCUGUUUUUUUAAAAAAAAUUCUGGGUUUGAAUUUUGAAAUGCUCUUUACAGUAUGUGUGACUUUAAAGAGCACUUAAUAAACUCUUGUUGUACCAAAUUUGGCUUUGUUUGGACUUUUUUUGACCAUAGGAACGCAUUAAUUGAUUUUCAAUGCAUUCCUAUGGGAUUUCGUGCUUCACAAGACGAAAAAUUCGCUAGACGAAAAAAUUCGCGGAACGAAUUAAUUUCGUCUUGCGAGGCACCACUGUAGUGUGAAGUUCAUAAAUCCUACUAAAGUGGAAGCAAAAUUGUCUGCCGCACAUUCCUCCUUCCUUGAGUACUGACUGAGUUCCAGGGCCAGUACUGCAGCAAAUCUGCAGGUUGCAUUUAGAACGACAACUUCUUACUUGCUUUGCUAAACUGCCAAGCAUAUUCUGGGUAUAUUAGAACAUGCAUACAAUUGCUUCUGAUACAAGAUGACAGUAGCUCAGAAAGAUUCCAUGAGUGAGGCUGGGCCUCAGUGGAAGCAGGCAUACCGCUGGGAGAACAACAUGAGUCCUGACUGUGUGUCAUACUUGCAAGCUUUGCUGGCUGCUGUUACUACACCAAUUCGUUUGCAUCUCCAGCAGUGGAAAUUGCUGAAACAAAUAAGAAUCAGUGCUCUAAUUGCGCGCGCACACACCCUUUCUUCUCUCAACAUGCACAUUUCCUCCCUAGAUGGAUCAGAUAAUAGCCAGUACCUGAGUUCAGACACCCUCCUGCCAAUAAUUUUGGAUGGCAUAGGAGUAUGUGCAUGCCUCUCUCCUCUGUCAUAUACGGAAGGUAAUGGGGGUUCUUUAUGUGGGUUGGGGUGAUAGCUCAGAGCUGGUGUGGUGUAGUAGUUAGAGUGUCAUAACAGGGAGAGUCGGAUAAGUACUCUUCCUGUGACUCACUCCUUGUUGUGUCUGGGCUGUAUAGUCUCAUCUUAAAAUCUUGGCUAUAUGUAACAGCAGCAUCUCUGUGAUUUUUUUUUUAAACUUAAUAUGAUCCGUGUAUGGUUCUGUUAUUGUUUGCAUGGUUAUGUUUGUACAAAUGUUGAUCAUAAAUCAAAUAAAAAAAUUUUUUUUAAGUGUGUCAGUCAAGGACCUAGGAGACCAGGCUUCAAAUCCCCACUCAGUUAUGAAGUCUCAGUUGGCCAGACUCUGUCUCUCAGUGUAACCUACCUACCAGGGCUGCUCUGAGGAUAAAAGGAGGAAAUCCAUGCAUGCCACUUUGAGUUCCUUGGAGGAAUGGUCAGAUAUUUUAAAAAAAUGUAACAGGCAAACAUGUUGCAUGCAGGAGACCCCAAGGUUCUUUUUUCUGCAGCUAAAGUUAAAGGGCUUUUAGGUAGCUGGGGUGGAUACAGAAAGGCUUCUGCUAGAGAUGUUGGACAGCACAUCAAACCAGACAAUGCUGGUUAAAAUGGAGCAAGGUUCUGACUUCACGAAAGGCACCUUCAUGUUUGUGAUUCUUUCUUUUCCAAGAAAUAAAAAUUAGGAGACAAGGGUCCACGAACUGGGACACUACACCGACUGCCUACUUGACAGGAUGUGGGAGAGGGGAAGAGGUACCCAUUUUACCACCUCACAGAUUGGAAUAUGGGCAAAAACUUAGGAGCUCAGUUAAGUCCAUGGCUAGUCUUAAUACUAAAAGUCACAGUGGAUUUAAAAGGUAGCUACAGAGAUGCAUACAAUCAGUGAAUGGAAUGCUUCCCAGAUUGAGAUUCUGGCUUGGUACAUAGUUUAAGAUCCUGGCUAGUAAAUUGACAUUAAAUCACAGUUGUCCAUUUUGGGCAUACUGGGGAAAUGCAACUUAGGAUAACUGGGAUUGACACACCAUUGAGGAAGGGAGUAGGUGAGUGAAACUCAUUCCCCAAUUCUAAGCUAUGGUUUAAUUAGCUGGGAAGCAUACGUAUGAGCAGAGCCAAUGUUAAUUAAAUUAAUAUCUCAAAACAAAGCACAACCCUUUAGAAAAAUAAUGAUGUUUAUGCCAACAGCACAAAGCACUGAUAACCAUUUUCAGUGAAAUGCUACUGAAGACACUUAGUCCUCAGUUCUAUAAUAAGCUGUGGGAAACAUUUCUGGAUGAUCAUAUUCCCAGAAAAUUAGCCUCCUCUAUCAUAUACCCAACUUAAAUGUGAGCUACAGCCUGCCUAGUUAUUCUAAAAUGUUUGGUAUUGCAAUGUAUAUGUAUUUUAAAAGAUAAAUCAAUGUAGUGGUCUAGUUAUUGCUACUGAGUUGACAAUUGCUAUUUUUACAUUAGCACAGCAGACAUGGAUCUUACACCUUUCCCCAGAGCUCCUAAAGCAUUUGUUGCUUGCACUAUGCUUUUGGCAUUCACUAUGAGGGAAUUCCUAUGCUCUCUUCAGACUGAAACCAUGAAAACCAGCACUUCCUUUUUGAGGUUCAACUUCCUCAGAAAGCAACUAGUGACCAUAACAGAGCAUUAAAAAAACACAAACAAAAACAGCAAGUGAAAAUACAUAUGCAGUAGUGGAUUUCUGUGGAAUGUUCCAGGGUACUGUGGAGCGUUCUGUGACUUUUCCAAUAGAGUCACAGUAGUGAUUCCUGUCUGGGACCCUCUUCGUAUCUUGUUCCUCCUGAUGUGUUUAAUUGCGGGUUGCCUGUACCAAAUGUUCAUGCUCUGAGCCAUGUUUUACCCAUGACUUGGCGAUCUGAGGGAAGAGGGGUGUAGCAAUGCUCACCAAGUGCCAGAGACCAAUGGCCAGCCCCUAAAGUAUAAAACCGCCAUGUGAUAAAUGUUUGUAAAAUUUGUCUGCACAGUGGUACCUCGGAAGUUGAACAGAAUCCAUUCCAGAAGUCCGUUUGACUUCCAAAAUGUUUGGAAACCAAGGCACGGCUUCCGAUUGGCUGCAGGAAGCUCCUGCAGCCAAUCAGAAGCUGCAGAAACACCGUCUGACAUUUGGCUUCCAAAUAAUGUUCGCAAACUGGACCACUCACUUCUGGGUUUGUGGUGUUCAGGAGCCAAAGCGGGCAAGUACCAAGGCGUUUGACAACCAAGGUACCACUGUAUAUGGGUAGUUGCCUUUUUCCAAGGCAGACCUCUGGUUCAUCUAGUUCCGUACAGUAUUAACAACACGGUCUUGCAGCAGCACUCCAGGGUGUCAGCCAAGAGUCUUUCCCUCAUCUUUUAACUGGUGAUACUGGUGACUGAACCUGAGACGUUUUGCAAGCAAAGCGUGUGUUGUGUCACUGAACUAUAGCCCCUCCCAGGCAGGUAUGGGCUCAUGCUCAUCAUUUUCUCCUCAUUUUUUACACACAUUGCUCAGCUGGACUGGAAUCCUAUUUCCGGCUCUUCUCCCACCAAAACCACAGUGUGUACAUUUAAGGUCAUAUGUAAUUCCCGAGCUUCUGGAAACUAAAGCUCAUCAAGCCAUGAUGGGAAAUGAAAGGCACAUGCCUUUAUCAAAACUAAGCAUUCCUGUUGAAACACACAAGAGGAAUACGUAGAGCGCGGGUGGUGACACACUUUUGCCCUUUUGAAAAUAGCACACACCAGAAAGGAAUGUAAUCUGAACCAGUAGUUAAACUAGCACAGAUGUUACUGGUAACAUGUUAAAUAUAUUAUUACUACUACUAUAUUAUUUCUGAUCAAAUGUGAAAUUUAGUCCACUUCUGGAUUCCCCACAAGACAUAAUAUUUUCCUAGUUGGAUUAGGUAAAUUACGGAACUGAAGUCAAGUUCUGAAUGUUUUUCAGCUGGCAACAUGGCUAUUUUUGUUACAGUCCUCACAGAGAGAGAACUCCACAACAGUUUCUCACACCCAUAUAGUAUUUGUUCAUAUUUCAAUUGACAUAUCUUAUGACUGACUUCUCAGUUUGUGUUUCAGUUCUUGUUAGCUCCACUCUUGGGCUGCUGUUACACUUUACUUUCUUUUUUUGCAGUUUCUACCAUCCCUUUGUUGUUUUUGUUAGGGAAUACUUUGUGUAUUCCACAGAGUGAGCAAGUCAGGUGGGUGGGAUGGGAUUUCCCUUUCCAAGUAAUUCAUUUUAAGGACAAAAGAUAUCAGCUGUUUGUUUUUACUUCCCAUUGAGUUUGCCAAUUCAUCUUUUCAAAACAAAGCUUUUUUUCAAACUAUAAUAUGUAUACAUCUCUUAUAACUACUGUUCCUUUGUGUAACCUGAGUGCAAGUACACAUGCAGUUUCCGUGUUUGCAGAGGUUGUUCUACAAGGUUGGGAGAAAAGGCUAUAUUCAGACCAUGGGGUUUUGAUGCCACUUUGCACUUCAUGAAUUACCAAGAGUUCUCAAUUUGUCUAGAUUUGGUUUCUGAACUUGGGUCACAUCCCACACUUAAAGCACAGGGGCUCCCCGCACCCAAGAAUCAUGGAAACAUUAGUUUACCCCUCACAGAGAUACAGCACCCUUAACAAACUACAGUUCCCAGGAUUUUUGGGGAGGAAGCUACUUGUUUGGAUGUGUACCUGGCCAGUCUGCAUGUGGCAGGAUAAGAGUCAGGGCAAGAGUCUCUAUAACCAUGUUAGAAUUCUUCUCAUGCAUUCACCCUCUUUUCUGUAGGGAACAGCAGGUUUAAGGGAGGGUAUGGGGCUGCAUGGGCUGGCUCACCCUCCAGACACUGAAAUGCACAGGUGGGCAGCAUGGGCAAAGCCAGGAUUUUUGUAAGGCACAGCAGGCUUUUGUUAGGGUAGGGGGGCAUAACCCUGGUUAGGUAAAGAUAAAGGGACCCCUGACCAUUAGGUCCAGUCGUGACCGACUCUGGGGUUGCGGCACUCAACUUGCUUUAUUGGCCGAGGGAGCCGGUGUACAGCUUCCAGGUCAUGUGGCCAGCAUGACUAAGCCGCUUCUGGCGAACCAGAGCAGCGCAUGGAAAUGUCAUUUACCUUCCCGCCGGAGUGGUACCUAUUUAUCUACUUGCACUUUGACGUGCUUUCGAACUGCUAGGUUGGCAGGAGCAAGGACCGAGCAACGGGAGCUCACCCCGUCGCGGGGAUUCAAACCACCGACCAUCUGAUCGGCAAGUCCUAGGCUCUGUGGUUUAACCCACAGCGCCACCCGCGUCCCUAACCUUGGUUAGUUAAGUAUUUUUAUGGAUUUUUUUUAUUGAUUUAGAGGGGCAGCUGCCCACCUCCUUGGCUAUGCCCAUGGUGGGCAGCUUGAGAAAGGGCUCUCCACAAAACUGAUGUACACAGGUAGAACUCCUCCACUGGAGGGCAGGGAUCCUGAUUGGUCCAGAGUCUCUCCCUGUCUAGAGAGCCCUUUUCCAUGUCAUCUGAAUGUAUGGAAGGCAUGGCCAUGACAGACACCAGCAGUGCAGGUGGGGCUAGCCUGUGCAAUCUCAUGGCCUCUCCUAUCUUGUGUGUGUGUAUGUGCCAUGUAAGCUUUAUUUGAGUGAAGAGGGAAAUGCUCUAUUUACAACAGGUGGAGUAUGUGAAAGUAGCACUUCCUGACAUUUCUGGGCUGAAGAUUCUCUGCUUCAAAUUCUAACAGCAUGCAGAUGAGAUAAACAUGUGUUGCACUGCAUUUACUGUGGCCAUGCUGCCCUGUUGGUAGAGUAGGUUUCAUCUCCUCCAGCUUUGAUCAGACAGAAGUCACUAACAUUUAAAAAAUGCUAUGAAAAAAGGUAGAUAAACCAGAGGAGAGCUAAGAAUAACUGACAUUUCUCUUAUCCAUUUUUGUUUCUUUUCAAGAACUAGAUCUCUCUCUCUCUCUCUCUCUCUCUCUCUCUCUCUCUCUCACACACACACACACACACACUUUGUAGUUGUGCAUAUGUCUUCAUUUGCAUAGGCACACUGCAAAUGAGGGGAUUACCAUUUGUAAGAAAUACUGCAUUAUUUUUUCCCAGUACUUUUUAUGUUUUGCCUGUCCACUUCUGGCAUGGUACUGAUCACCAGAUCAGGAAUGACCACAGAGCCCGUUCAAGUGAAAAUACACAAAUGCACUGAGCAAAGAUCCCAUACAGUGGUACCUCAGGUUACAAACACUUCAGGUUACAAACUCUGCUAACCCGGGAGUAGUACCUCGGGUUGAGAAUUUUACCUCAGGAUGAGAACGGAAAUCUCACAGUAGCGGUGCGGUGGCAGCCAGAGGUCCCAUUAGCAAAAGCAUGCCUCUAGUUAAGAACAGUUUCAGGUUAAGAACGGACCUCCGGAACGAAUUAAGUUUGUAACCCGAGGUACCACUGUACCUACUUCACAACCUUAUGUUAACAGCAUGGGAUUAUUUUAAACUUUCCUGCUUCUUGGGCAGUUCAAAGUGAAUUAAAUUGCAGUGCUAUUUUUAGAACCAUGCUUACAUCUUCACUAUGAAAUAAUUUGGGUUUACUAUUGCCAACAGGCUAUAAGCAGGCUGAGGAACUGAAUCCAAUAGGCUGGAUCCUUAAUUCCUCCAUCCCAGCAGGUCCAUUUUGACAAAGUGGGCAGCCCUGCCCUCCUCCCAAAGUUAAAAGGGGCUUGCUCUCUAUAGCCAAUCAGCAGGUACAGCAAACCACGUUGAAACUCAUCUGCAGGCGCAGUUUGGAUUGAUUUAUCUCCUCUGCACAUACUGCCUGCUUGAGAUCCCACAACCUGAAGGCGGACCUCUUUCCAUAGAAGCCUACUAGGCAAUAAGAGAGGGGGGCUUUUCAGCAAUGCCCCCCCCACCUGAGGAAUGCUCUCCCCAAGGAGGCCUGCUUGGUGUCCACUAUACACACUUUUUUGUGCCACCUUUUAUUCCAGGCCUUUUAGUAACUGUCCGCAUUUUAAACCAUGGGUAGUCAAACUAAGGCCCGGGGGCCAGAUCCAGCCCAAUCGCCUUCUAAAUACGGCCCACGGAUGAUUCUGGAUUCAGUAUGUUUUUACAUGAGUAGAAUGUGUCCUUUUAUUUAAAAUGCAUCUCUGAGUUAUUUGUGGGGCAUAGGAAUUCGUUCAUUCCCCCCCGCCACAAAAAAAUAUAGUCCAGUCCCCCACAAGGUCUGAGGGUCAGUGGAUCGGCCCCCUGCUGAAAAGGUUUGCUGACCGCUGUAAUUUAAACAAUCUUAGAAUCUUUUAUCAACCAUUAUUUUAAUAUUGUUCACUGGGAAUGUUUUAUCUGAGGAGGAUUUUUAUUUACGCAUGCGUCUAUGCUUGCAAGAUAGAUUCUGUUGUUAAUUGUUGACUUGUGUAGUUUAGUCAUGUUUUAGAUUUGGUACAAUACUUGUUAUAUUGUAUGCUGUUUAUUGGUUUUAAACUAAGUCACUUACAGGCUUUUCUCCAUGGGCAACCCAAAUUUGGUAAACAGCAGCAGUUCAUUAUAUAUAUAUUAAUAUGGCAGAUGGUAUUCGUGAGCAAUGCAUGCAAUUAAGCAAAUCUUUGAAGAGAACUGAUUGCAGCAAUUUAUUUAUUAAAUUUAUAUCCCACCAUCCCUCCCAAAGGAUCCCAUGGCGAAAUGUUGAAGUAGUGUUUUGUUUUGUUUUUAAAAAGAAAUUCUUCUAACUCCUGCAAGUCUUUGAGUUCUUAAACUGUGCUGUGACACAUUGAGACUGACUGGGUGGAGAAAUUUGUUGUUUUGCUUCCUGCAUGUAUGGAUAACCAGAUGGAUGAGGGUUGGGUGUUGUUGUUAGGCUGUUGUUUUUUGGCAUUCUGCUAAACAGAGUGGCAUGUGAUGUGUUACUCCAUCUUUCAAUGUGUGAACUUUUCAUCCACAUUAAUUCAUUAUUGUAAAAUUGCUAUCAGAAUGUGUUACUGCAUUUCAUGUUUUGAACAGCUUAAGAAGAGGCUAUGAGACAAAUAGAACGUUCUGUUUUCCUUCUGCAAAUGGGCUGAAUAGUACACGUAGUACACUCCCAUUUAGAAGCACAUUUAGGGCCAGAUUUGUACCUUCCCUUUCAUCACUCACUGAGAUUGAAAUCUUGCACAUAGGCUUCUUUACUACAGACAGGCUUCAAAGUGUGGGCAGUGCCUGGCAAUAUGCCCAGUGCCCAAUGCUGAAGAUGGGAUUCCACACCUGACCAAUCACAUGAAGCUGUUGAUGGUUUGCACUUAAAUCAGGAUUGAAAACCAGGAUCAGACUGCAGUAUGCAAUCCUGGUUUGAGCAGAACCAUGGCUUCUGCUAACCACGAUCAGAAGCAUUCGAUCUCAAAAUGAGCAAACACAAAAGCUUGAAGUUCAUGCUUGCUUGGAAUGCCAAAAACAAAACAAAACAUGGUUUGGUUUACAUCUGAAUAGCUCCAGGGUCAAAUGACACGUGGUACUGAAUAGGUGGCUUUAAAAGGAAAACUGCAAAUAGAAGCAAGAGCUGAGAGCAUGAAGGAGGGGGGGCGUAACACUUUCCCUCACAUCUCAGACCUACCAGCUAUAAGCCCCUACAUCCAGGUGCUCUUGAACGUUUCAUGGUGGAAGGGAGUUUAUAUUUAUCAUGGGAGGAAAGCUUUGAUGGGCGAUUUUUCAGUGGGACUGCGGUGGGCAAAGGAGGAUUAAUUCGCACUUCUCAUACACCACAGUCCUGAUCAUGCUCCUGUGCCUAUAGUAAAAUUAAUUGCCGUAGUUUAACAAGCAAAUAGUGUGCCCUUCUGCCCUUCAACAUUGUUUCCAUUUCAUGGAAUACCUACACAGGUAAGUGCUUUUCAAAGGCAUCAACCUUUGUCGCCUUUCAUGUUCCCAAAAGCCGCCAAAAGAGCAAAGCUGCUCUAAAGUUACAAAAGAUGGCGAUUAAUUGUCACAGACUACAGUGCUAACAGCAUUGAUGUAAUUAAGGUAAAAUAGAAAAGAACUAUGGUGUUUGUUAACAAUAAAAAACAGCUGCCUUUGCUACUUCCGUAACACUGGCAGAACUUUUUGUUUCAUUUUGUAACACACACACACACACACACACACACACACACACACACUUCCUACAGCACUAUAAAAGGCUACAAAACAGGCAGGAAAUUGAAACAUUCAGAGGAAUGUCCUCAGGAAAUACGAUUGCUGUGAAUAUGUUAACACAGCCACUUAAUAUAGGCCUAUCUUAAAAAGUUUUUUUGCGAUAAUUACUAUUUACCUCCCUUUGCAUGUGCAUUAUGGAGAUAUCCCAACUCCACCAGUGGCAAGGACAGUACAGGAAUGUCUCCAUGCUGCAUUUAUUAGUCAUGUAAACACAGAGUAGCUAUUUUCAGUUUCCCCUGGCAGAACAAGCCACCUGGAGUUUAUAGGAAUCAUUAAUGCUGUUAGUAGAACAUCAGUAGUAAUUAAAGUCCUUUCCAAGCAGGACUUAGCAAUAAAUAUGAAGUUUUUUUUAUCUCCCAACCCUUGUAAUGCCAGAACCAGAUAAUGAAAUAUGCAAGCGUAACAGUUGUGAUUAUCUACUUCUAUUGCAGCGAGUUAAGGAGCAGCAAUGAAGAAAAAUGAAAAGCAGUUGCCAGUCCAUUAACUUCUCUGACCAUGACAGGAUUUUUACCUAGGAGUCCCUGGUGCACAGGCCUUAUUUCCCCCACCCAACCCCCAACCCUUUUGGGAAGCUGCUUUGAAGAGGAAAAUAGGAUUUGCUUAGGUUGCAUUACCUCAGAGUAAUUUGAAGCCCAGCUGGAAUCUGUAAGUAGCAAUCAGCAUUGUGCCUGUGACAUCACCAUGGCACUGAGACAUCCCUUCUCUACAAACAACCGCCCACCCCAGUCUAGGGCAGUGUAAAUGUCAUUUGUCAGCGUAGGAAGUCAUUAACACAGACACACGCCACAAAAGUGCAACCUUAGCUUUUGCAGACGAUCCGCACCUGAGUGCAAGGUCGGGCUUCUCAGAUGCAAAGAAAAAUAAAAUGCAUACACAGAAUGCCAAUCCCCACCCCUAAUAAGUCCCAUUAAACAUCUCGUUAAAUGAUAAUUAACUUUAGUCAGGAUCAUACUGGGGCAUGGUGUGCUCUCCCUUCAUUCCCCUCCUUCAGAAGUAGGACGAAGAUUAGCUGCAGGAGAUAAAUGUCUUCAAUAUACACCCCACUUAUACAUGGCUUAUUUUUAAUACCUAACAAGCCUCGGAAAGCUAUAAGUCCCCCAAACCUUCGCUAGUAUUUUGCUCUGAAGAUUCACCAGUUGGAUUUAAGGCAAAUGAGAGUCAGUUUCUACAGCCACCAAUAAUUAUUUCUUACCAUGUCCUGAGGGGUUAUUACCUCAUGCUCUUUCCUACAUAUAAUGUUCACCAGGGCUGGCCCAAGACGUUUUGGCACCUGAGGCGAACCACAAAAUGACAUUUCCUCCCCUUAGCAGGGAAGAAAGGGUGAGUGAAGAGCAAUAUCAGGAACGGGAAGGAACAAAGAUCUACACCAGGAACAAGGGUGGGAACAAGAGACCAGUAGCGCCUCCUAUUUGCUAAGAGGCCGCUGUGGCAGCAUCGGCCUUGUGGGGGUCAGAUCUGGCUUCUAAGGAGAAUGCUGCAGCUGUUGUUGCCACUGCGGCAGCAGCUGGUGCCACAUUCCUUGGAGGCCGGAUCUGCGGCCUGUGGAUUCAGCCCCCUGAGACGGUCACCUCACCUUGCCUCAGGCAUGGGCCAGCCCUGAUCUUCACAUUACGUUUACUUCAAAUGUGUAGUGGUGGUUUCUUUCUUUGUUUUUGUUUAAAAAGCAAAUAGUAUAUGCAGGGAGGGGGUUUGAUAAUUAUGGAGAUUGGAGCAGAUGAGUAAAGGAAAUUUAAUUUUUUUGUCCCUUGCUGCAGUCAUGAGGAAAAUCCUCCUUUGAAGCUGAUAUUUGUGAGGGUAGGGGAGGACAGAACCCCUCAUUGCUCAGUAUUCACAUUCCAUCCAAAGGAUUAUUUAUUGUUGUUGCUGUUUAUUAAAUUUGUAUACUGUAUAUUUAAUUUGUUUAUUAAAUUUGUAUACUGCCCUAUUACCAUAGAUCUCAGGGUGGUUAACAACAUAAAAUAAAAAUAUAAAAAGAUGAAAUACAUAAUAAAAACAAAGACAACCCAAAAAACUGCAUGAAAUAGUGACUCCAUCCCUGGUUUAAAUAGCUUUUAUUACCCCAUUCAACAACUAUUUUUUUCUAGUGUGUAUUACAAUUCAUCCCAAAUAAUAACCAUAGUUCAAUGGUGAUGAAAAUGUUAGGCUGUAACAGCUUUUAACCAGGGGGAGUUUUUACAUUUCCUCAUGAGGACUUCUAUAUCAGCAUAUGUACAACUUCAUAAUAGGUAACUAAUAUACCUAUUUACAGUCAUAAAUCUACAAUUCUGUUUGUGAAAUUAUCUGUCACACAUUCAAGUCCAAGUAUUAUAGGGGCUUGCACCAAAAAACUUAUUGGAAAAGGUGAGUUUUGAGGAGGGGUUUUUAGGAAGGAAGAGCAGUCAGCUCAAAGAGGUAUUCUAGGAGACAGUUCCUGACUUAACAGUAGGAGAGAAUGCAUGGAGUCAUUUCAGGCCCAGGCAAAGGUUUCAGCACCUGAGAAUCAUAAAGGCAUGCUUCUAGUCUUUAAAACUGGAAAUGUACCCCUGAAAGUGAGUGAAGCCAAGUUAAAAUUUCUUAAGAAAUAAAGGAGUGAAGUACAGCAGAAACUGAAUGCCGGAAAUAGACACAAACCUCCUUAAUUUACAUAAAUGUCUACACGUUGCAAAUUUUCGUUUUUUCUUGGCACAUUGUAAAGUGCAGGAUGCGCAUAUUGAUAAUGAGCAGAACUGUCUGGAACAGAGGGUAUCAGUUGUGGGCACCUUCCAUGCUAUCAGUAUUACCUUCCUUAAUAAUAAAGAGUGCGGUCAAAAUUUACCACAUGCUUUGAUUGAAAUUGGGUAGGGCCACUGCUGUGCUUUGGCCCUUGCGGGAAGGCAGUUCCAGUCCCUCGAGUCAGUCAGCAGGCCAUCCCUGGAAUAGACACAGAGGUCUUUUAAUAACUGGAGAUCUUGUAACAAUAGACGUAAUGGACAAGAAGUAUAUUGCUCCAUAGCCCUAACACCAUAGCAUUGCAUCCCAUAGCACAAAUACAAUAUAAACAUCGUACAGGCCUAGAGGAACAUUUCCACUGAAUUUACUUCAUGAAGUGGCUAAAAGAGAGUGCCAUUAUGCCAUUAGACCAGUUUGUUAGCUAGCGGGACUAUUCCGAAAAGGCAGAAUUAGUGCUUUUGUUCUUUAUUAUGGGGUUUUAAGAAUGUGACCCUAGGACACUCUUCAAACCUUUUACAGUUCCCACAGCCUUCUUUGAAGGCAUGUAUGUAAGCUAAAACUAAUUCUCUCAGGGAAUAUUCUUGAACACUAGUAUUUCUCAUUAGGGUCAGGGAUGGCAAGAGGCCUGUUUGGGACAGAAUAUGUGAACCUUCAGCUUUAACCUGGUAUAAUAUGCCAAAUGUUUGGGAGACAUUCUCACACACUUCUGGCCUCUUUCCGCUCAUCUGUGACAUGAUCUGAUGUGCUGGCUUUCCACUGCUUCGAAAUGGAGGGUGGGAAGGUUUUUAUCACCCCAAGUCCAUUGCUACCAGGCAGCACUGCUGUUAAUGGCAUCUAAAAGGAAAACAAUUUACACUAGGCAGUGGUUUGAAUUGGUGAGAUUUCUGUCCCCCGACAGUACUCAGUUUGUGUGGUGAGAAUUGGAAUUCAUUUUUAAAAGGUGAGGCAAACUUGACAGGGCAAAUGUUAAAAGAGGCAUUAAGGAAUAAAACCACCCUCCCUUGACCCAGAUGUCAACAUUGUACCAUGCAGUUUCAGUAUCUAUAUUUUUAUUUAACUAUAUUUUCUACCCAGCAGCAUUGUACCAUGUCAAAAGGUUUCUAGCAUGUUCAUCAUUUUUUCUGAAUUGUAGUUUGAGGAUGUAUCCUGCCCCUGAUCCACAAUACUUGGGUUGGGCAGACGACCCAAACUAUCAUCCUCCUAUGAUGACCUUGGAUGGAUCAGAAACAUCACCUCAUCAAAUGGAGGUAGGGUUGGUUACAGGUUUCUUCUCUUAUCAUAUAGGGAGUUCUACAAGUAGCACAAAUGCCUAAAACCAUUCAAUUAAAAAUAACCAGAUGGAGGUCAAGGGAUGCAUCACAACAAGAUCUGAAAUCAACCAGACUUACUCCUGUGUAAAUAUGCAUAGGACUCCACUAUUGUUGUUGUUGGCAUCCUUCUUGUCUCAAGAGACAAUGGAGUGAACCUCCAGGGGUGAAGUCAAACCGCUGUAUUAGCAGCACCAAAGUGAUCUCCCCAGGGCACAAGCCUGGGCAGCGUGUAUGGAGGUGCUGGACUGCCCAGACAACAAGACCCCCUCACUAUCCAAAGAAAAGUAGAGCAAUAUGUUUGGCAUCAGCUUGGCUGCAGCAGUUGCCACAAGGAGGCAUAAAAGGCGCCAUUCAACAGUCUUAGGGACUCCACUCCCACAAGUGUCACAUUUAAAUGCAUCCUGCUUAAAUUAGUUACUAUAUUACAGGUCUGCCUGUUUAUUCUUGGUACAGGAACUUCUUGUUAGCGUCAGCAUAGAGGACUCCCCCCGUCUAAAGGACUUUUGGCAGAUUGUUGUAACACUGAAUACAAGAAAUCCAAUUUAGCUGAGAUUACAUUUAUUUUUAAAGACUUGACAGGCAGUCUCUCCUAAGCUUCCUUGUACUGUCUUGACCUUGAUGAAUUCCUGGCUGUAUGCAAUUCAUUACCUUCAGCUAGCUCUUAUAAGACCACUUCCUCAGUCCUGAGACUCAGCAAGAGAGACAAGUGCCUAUGACUUGACAUGUUUUACAGGGUAGUUUGCCAGCAUGCAGAUUACCAACAUGUGGUAAUUAAGCUAAUUUUGUGUGGUACUAGAAGUAGGUCAAUGCUUUGUACUUUGCAUGCUUGCCAAUCCAAUCAGCCAUCAGGCCCUCCCCCACCAACACACACAACCAUUCCAUUUUGCAUAUUUUAGUUCCACUCAGUCAAUCUUCUUUCAUGGAUAAAAGUAAACACGCAUUAAUAGCUAAAAACCUGAUCCCACUCAACAACCUGAUCCCUCUUUUAUUUAUUUAUUUGAAUUUCUGAGCUUAAACUGUAAUUCUUGCAAGUAGUUGCUUUUAUGUGAACUAAGACUGACAAUCAGGACAUUUCUAUUUUGAUUGUCUCUCGCUGCGUUUAAAAUAACCUCGUGUUUGAAAAGCAAGUAAGGGGUCAUUGCAUAAAUUAGAUUUAUUUAUUUUUAAAUGGUACUCAUCAAAGCUUAGAGGAUUUUAAUGUUUAAACCACUAUUUUAUCUACCCACCAUAAUUUUGUUUUUGAAUUUUGCUUUAAAGAAAAACAACAACGCUCACUUGGCAAAUGGCCAUAGUACAUGCUGCUGUAGGUGAUCACAGAGAGUUCUCUUGCAAGGUUGUAUUAAACUGCAUUCUCAGAAUAAGUCAUGCAACGGAUGGUGACCGAUAAAAGAUGUGGCAGAAUGUUUGCCCCAAGAAAAAUCCAAACAAUUUAGUAAGAAGGCCACAUGUAGUUAUGCACCUGGAUACCUGUGUGAACACCAUGAUUUUUUCAGAUUAAAAUGUCUGAGAGCUGGGCACGUUCAAAACUACAUGGUACAACCCUUUUUAGACUGUACCACUUAAACUUUGGAGGUAGGGAUUUAAAUGUCACACACACAAACACAAAAAAUAGCAUUCCACAUAGAAGAAGAACAAAGCAGUGAGAAGGCUAUGUGAUAAUUUGUAUUAUUGAGUUGUUAUUAUUUUGAUUAUGUAUUUUGUGGUUUUAUAUUCUGAUUUUAUUCUGUGAACCACCCUGAGACCUGCAGAUAUUGGGUGGUAUAUAAAUUCUAAUAAUAUUAAUAAUAAUCCACCUUUCCUCCAGAACCAGGACUCGAGGUGGCUCACAAAAACUGAAGCACAAGUAAAACACAGAUAGCGAAAAACAUAUAAAAGAUAACUUAAAAAACAAUUAAACUAUAACAGAAUUAAAAUGAUGUAAAAAGAUUUAUUAAAAUGCAGAUAGCAAAAACAGCGCAGCACUAUUAAAAAGCCCUUUCUUUAGAAGCAGCCAGUUUCCCCAAGCCUGCUAGAAUAAGAGAGUCUUCAGCUGGCGGAAAGACAGUGAGGAGGGAAGCCAGUCUAGCCUUUCUAGAAAUGGAGCUCUGAAGUCUGGGAGGAACUAUUGAGAAGGCCCUCUCCCAUGUCCUCACCCAACUCUUUUUUCCAUGCAAAAUUUUCCACAGGCAGGACAGAGAUAUUUCAGAGGGCCAAUAUUCAAAAUACUUGAUCCAGCUGCAGUUUGAAGUGGUGUGGCCUGGGAAAAGGCUGUACCCUGUGGUUUUUCUGAGCAUGACAUGCACCCCAGUCCUUUGCUGAUCAGAGCUUAUCCCUUCAACUAGAUCCUCAAGUACCAUUCUGGCUUCUGGCCCUUGAGAAGAUUCAGUGUGCAUGUCAGGAAACUUAAGAGCUAGUAGGAACAUGUAGAAAAGCCUUGGCCAAGGAUAUAUUUCUUAAUAAAUACUAACUUCCUUUGCAUGAUUCAGGUUUACAGAACGUUCAGGAAAUAUUUUGUAAGACAGAGUACAGUGGUACCUCGGGUUAAAUACUUAAUUCGUUCCAGAGGUCCGUUCUUAAUCUGAAACUGUUCUUAACCUGAAGCACCACUUUAGCUAAUGGGGCCUCCUGCUGCUGCCGCGCCGCUGGAGCCUGAUUUCUGUUCUUAUCCUGAAGCAGAGUUCUUAACCUGAAGCACUAUUUCUGGGUUAGUGGGGUCUGUAAUCUGAAGAAUAUGUAACCUGAAGCAUAUGUAACCCAAGGUACCACUGUACUCCCAUUUGUUAGACAUUAGUAAAGUGUGAAGACCCCUCUGCAAAAUUUUGCUAAACAUCUGAGACUAUGAACUCCUGAUUAUAAUAUUUCGAACUGUUUCUUUUGGUUUUGAAUAUGUGUAUCAGUAAAGACAAUAUUGUCAAAGAGAGAUUUAUGCAAUCCACUAAUGAAGUGGUUUUCUACAAUUUAUUGCACCAAUGCCACAAAGAAAUUGACAAAUGAUACUGUACAUUUACAGCCCAAAUUAAGAAGUUUCCACAGUUUGACAUUAGAAUCCAGUCAAUAAAAAAACCCCCAAACACUAUUUGCUUUUCUCUCUCUGAACACAAACUUGCAGCGACACACACCCACACCCUUCUCCUAGUACGGCAUAUGUUACUUCAUCUGUUCCAGGUAACAUGCUUUAUUAUAUAAGCUUGCUACACUUAAAAUAUGGUCCAUAUGAAUCAGAAGAAGUUUGCUCCUGCUUAGGAAACAAAGAAGUAGACAUGUUUGGAGGAGAGGACAGCAGAAUACUAUUAAUACCGCAUGAAAAAUAAAAGGUUUUGGAAUCUUGAAGAUUUCAGACAAGAUUCCUUUCUCAUUGCCACUUUCAGUGUUUCUCAGGUACAUUCACAUUACUUUAAAAACUAUUAAAAAUAUCAGAACUAAAGCAUGCUUAUGAUAAAAGGGUAGCCAUUGCAGUGCAUCACCAGUGCAGUUUUUGCCCUCUCAAACGCUACAGCACAAUCUUUCAGAAAAUUCAUGACAUGUACAACUUUUAAGUUGCCCCCUACUGGCAGCUUAAUUCUGUCAACUGAGGUAGUUUUUUUAAAAACGGAAGGAUAAAACACAUUAUUUUUUUCUUAGAUAUAGAAUGAAGCUACUUUUUCUAAAAUGAUACAAUUGUUAAAGAUCUGCAUGGUUCUUUUAAAGGGGAAAAAAGUAUAUUAUGAUUUUAUUCUGAGAUAAAAGCAAGGGUUGUUAAUUAAUUUGAUUCCUUGACCAUAAUUUAAGUACAAGGAGGGUAUCUUUAACCCUUGCCUUUGUGGUCUUCUCUGUCAAAAACUGGGCUUCAUUCAUUUGGAAGGGAAGGUUUCAGAGGAAAAUUGAUUUUUUGAGUUAAUUUGCAAUAGAAAGAAAGGCAGGGAACAGAAUAAUGCUGCUAUGGAUAACUACUAGCUUCUAAAACAGGAAUGACCGUAUGAUUAAGUGUUGUCAUGAAAGCAUUGGCAGGGAUGAAUAAGCAAUGAGACAAAAUGGAAAAUCUGACAAGCCCCAGAAAAAGAAAAUUAUUAAAUCGGUAUUUGGACAAACAUUGCAUCCAAUUGCCAACACUGCUUGGGUCAGUUGCCAAAUAUGACAAAACUUCUUUCUACUUCCAUUUAGCACUUUCAGUCCAACAUGGGAGAUUGCAGAAUGUGCCAACCGGGAGUCUUUCAAAAAAAUUGUAAGUAGUUUUUGCUUUCUUACUCUAAUUUCACACAGUCACCUGCAGAACUUGGAAGUUAAAAUGAAGUCACAAGAUUUAUACUGAACCUUCUAAGAAAGCCCUAGGUAUAGGGUUUGAAACCAAGACGAAUAUGGUCCUAUGUGUACAGUUGUAUAGUAACAUAGAAAAUUGAAAGAGAGCUCGUGUUACUAACUUCCCAUUUAAAACCACAUACAUUUCUCUUUUAGAAUUAAGACAUACAAGAGAGGAAGGCACCAAGAGGCUAGUGCAAAACGUUCUGUGGGAUCGCUUCAGACACUUGAGAAUUAUCAUAAUGAAUAGCUGUCACUGUUACCAUGACCACCUUCCCCUCGCGAUAUCCUCUCUGAGAUUUCUUCUGUAUGUUUCAUCCGUCUACUUAAAGAAGUCGAUCCUGCUUCUGCAGUGUGCUGAAGAGAGAUCUCUUAUUCACGGGGCAACAGAUAAGAGUUUAUGUUUUAAAACAAGCUAUCCAGAGUUGAUGCUAAUGGGUGCUUUUAAUGCUAGUCCUACACAAAGUAGACUCAGUGAAAUGAACACAGUUUCAUUCAUUUCAGUGUUUCUAAUCCAAGCAGGACUAGGAUGGAUACAAACCUAUGUCCAUUAUCAUAUCGGUUCUUAAGGUUCAAACACGAGCUUUUUUGAGCUGGUUGUACAUAUGUUAGGAUGCUCAACCUGUAAGACCAGAAAACUGGAAAUUCAAGAUGUGGCAUUUGCAACAAGGUAAGUUUGCAGUGGAGAUUACUACUACUUUCUCCCAUUUUCAUCUAGCUGUGAUGCAGGAUCCAAAACUUCCGUCUCCGCCAAGAACAACCAAAAACAACACUGCCGCUCUCGUGCUGCUUCGUCCAUUUUAAGAGCCAAUCAGCCACACAACAAGAUUGUGGUAGCUGACUUCCAACUUCUUGUUCCAUGGAGGUUUUAUGAGCUAACAAAAGAGAAUGGGCAUGCAUACGUACUCCAAUUCAUCACCUUGUCCAUCCGAACACAGGAAUGCUUCUGUGCAUACAGAUUUGAUUACUGCUCCCCAUUUGGGUGGGUGGGAAAUCAGAACAAGACAACAAUAGUAAGGAAACCAUACUUAGAGUUGUUUUUUGUUUGGCUGAAAACUAUGUAUAAGUAGGGAAUCCUCCAAUAGUGUUUAAUUCUUUUGUCCAUUAAAAUACAAGGAUGCAUUCUUGAUUAGUUUACUCCAAAAACAGUAUAAAAACCCUGAAUGUCUUUUAUAUUAUGUAAACUGAAAUUCCGCUGGUAAGCGUCCAAACAAAAUGCAGAAGAGGAAAAGUGACAGAAUGAACUGUCACCUUGUGGUCCUCUGUUCCCCCAUCUCUUCAUGUUUGCUCUCUUCUGCACACACGCAUCCCAUCUGCUUUACU